CACAUUUGACAGUUUGCUUUCGUUUUCUUCACGAAAUUAACUUGUCUUCGUCUAGAAAAAAUCUUUUUGUUCAUUGUUAUUUGUUUGUUAGCCGUGUAGAUUGCUCAUUAAAGUGUUUCUCUGUGUAUCUACAAUUAGUUAAUGUCUCCUAAUGUGUUGUAAAAUGUCGUGCACUAUAAAUAGCAUAGCUCGCAGUUAGUUGUAAUUUGGUCUGAUUGUGAUGGUUGAUCAGACAUAUUGACUAGUUACUGAGCAAAUAUGGGUCGACGAGAGGAGCCCGCCUGGAAGAGGGGGAUAGUGGGGCUGUCCAUGGCCCGCGAGCGCGGCGACAUCCAGAAACAGUUCCAGCAUCGAUUGACGGUGACACGGGACACCAUCGAGAGACUGGGUCAUGAAGCUACGCUUCACGGGCAUAUGGGCUGCGUGAACUGCCUCGAGUGGAAUAAGGACGGAUCUGUGCUGGCUUCGGCAUCUGACGAUCUCCACAUCAUUUUGUGGGACCCCUACCGCCACAAAAAGAUUCACAAAAUCACUACAGGACACACUGGCAACAUUUUCUCAGUGAAGUUCCUAACUCCAGACAUCCUAGCAACAUGCGCGGCGGACGGAAUGGUGCGCGCUCGCAGCGUGUCCACUGGGACAUCUCUUCUUGAGUGCUCCUGCCACUGCGGCCGCGUCAAGCGCCUGGCCACCUCACCAGAGAACCCUAGUAUCUCCUGGUCAGCCGGGGAGGACGGGCUCAUCCUGCAACACGACAUGCGCCUGCCGCACCGAUGCAACGCAGACUCCAGCAACGUGCUGGUCAACCUUUUGAACCACAUGGGUCGUUACGCCGAGGCCAAGUGUGUGGCGGUCAACCCGCGCCGCGCUUACCAGUUGGCUGUGGGGGCCAAUGACUUCUACGUGCGACUGUAUGACACACGGAUGAUCAAGCUGGCCCGGCUGCAGGUUAGCGAGAACUGCCAGGGCGGCGGGUCGUCGUCGCGCAUGAUGUGGGAGCGGCAGAACGUGCGCUGCGCGCGCGCCGGCGCCGGCGACCCCGACAACAACGUGCCGCGCGCCGCCGUGCACUACUUCGCGCCCGGUCACCUAACGAUGGAAACUGGUGAGCAGCCGUUCCCCAAGAAAGCCACGACCUACGUGGCCUUCAGCCACGACGGCAACGAGCUGCUCGUCAACCUGGGCUCCGAGCAGGUGUAUCUCUACGACAUCAACUCCGCCCGGCGUCCGAUGUUAGUGGAGAGCUUCAUCAUCCAACACAACCACGGCGUACGCGACCGACCGCGCAACGGCCACGCGCGCGCCGCCACGCCCCACGCCACGCCCCAAGCAGGCCCCGCGUCCGACCCGCCCAUGCCGGACCGAGUCAAACAUCUGAAAGAGCUGUUUCUGGCUUUCCAGGCGAACGAUCACGUGAAGAAUGCUGACUACGAGGCGGCCAUUCAGCUGUACAACCGCGCCAUAGCCGACUGCCCACGCUGCGCCGUGCUGUAUUCCAACCGCGCCGCCGCGCUCAUGCGCCGAGGAUGGUCGGGUGAUAUCUACGCAGCUAUCCAGGAUUGCUACCGCGCGAUCAAGCUGGACCCCGGGCACGUGAAGUCGCACUUCCGACUCGCUAAGGGCCUGAUGGACAUGAAACGAGCGAGAGAGGCGCACGAAUGUUUGCUUUAUUUCAAGGACAAAUUCCCCCGGCAUUCUGGGAGCCACGCGGUUUUUCUGCUGCAGAAGGAUAUUAAUGUAGCCCUCGAAGGGAUGGAACAGCCUCACCCGGAUGAAGUUCCAGAAGCGAACACAAAGAACUCCGGCGAGACCGACGAGAGCCAUAAUACCAGCGUAUUAGAGCGCCAGCUGCGAGCGUCUGCUUUGGACUACAGCCAGCGGUUCUUGGGCCAUUGCAACACCACCACCGAUAUCAAGGAGGCCAGCUUCCUCGGGCCCAACGCAGAAUAUAUUGCUGCUGGCUCCGACGACGGCUGCCUGUUCAUCUGGUGCCGGCGCUCCGGCAACAUCGUGCGGGUCCUACGCGGCGACGAGUCCAUCGUCAACUGCGUCCAGCUGCACCCAGCCUGCUUCCUGCUCGCCACCAGCGGCAUCGAGGCCGCGGUCCGCCUGUGGAGCCCGCAGCCAGAGGACGGGAACGAAGAGAGCCGUGUAGUGGAGGACACGCUGGGAGCGGCCUACGCCAACCAGCGCCGCAUGCGCUCCGACCCCUUCGAGGCCAUGCUGUUAAAUAUCUCCUUUGCUGGGAACCCCGACCGAGAGCUGCAGGCUCAAGCCUGCAGGCCUUCAUAGGCAAUGAUCAGCACACGGCAUUUUGUGUCCGGCAGGGUGCCCUCGCGAGGCCCACAACUCAUCAGUCAUUUGUACAUAGUCUUACAUGGAAGUGAAUGCUAGUUCUGACGCACACUCCUUAAAUAUUUGACAGUCACAUUACAGCUGUCAUUCUGACAGAUGACAAGGAAUACAGAGAAAAAGUGUGCGCCUCAGAACAAGCAAUCGAUUGUUUAUUCUCCUUAAAAUUAUAUUAUUUCCAAUGGGGAGUAAGUUUUUGUUUCAACACGAGUGCAGUUCGUAUGAUGGUGCCAAGGUUUAUUACUUUAAAUUUUAAUAAACGGUUAUUUAUCUGAUUUAAUAUGCAGUAGUGCGAUAUGAUCAAGUGUUAGGCGAUCUUUAUAUUUAAGUAUUUUUUUACGGACUGAAUAUGAUGGAGAGCUAAAGACGUUUCUCCCGUCUAGCAAAUGAAAAGGCGUAUUAAAAAGUAACGGUUUUUAUUCAAUGAUGUCAGUAGCCAAAGCCACUUAGAUCAUAGUAUUUGUCGUCUAGAUUAUAUCGUCAAUAAAAAAGAUAUAAAAUAUAUAAACUCUGAAGCUUUUAGAGAAAAAUAUAACUAUAUUUAUAUCCAUGAAUGUUUUUAGAUUUAAGAAUACGCAUAUCCAAUUAUUAUUAAAAUAGUAUGAAUGUUAACGAUGCAUAAUAAAAAUAGUUAAAAUAGUCAAUAUUAAUUACCGGUAUACUGGCCCAGCGCACUGCCUCAUUGCCUUGCCCGAUCCUAUUGACAUCAUUGAAUUCAGUGCGAUUUUAUUAAACCUUGUAAGGUAUAACUUCGAUACAUGAUCACGAGAUAGUGUACGAAUGAGGGUUACCGUUUUAU